AUGAGACUUCUGGCACGUUCAAUUGGUAGGCCGCGCAUAUCUGCCAGUCGCCAUGGCAUCGCGACUGCAUCGGGAAGGCGCCAUCUAACCAAUAAUGGCUUCUUCCGCGUCUCGGAGGAGGUGCGCGAAGCUCUACACUCCAAAAAGCCCGUCGUCGCGCUGGAGACGACAAUUUACACUCAUGGCUUUCCCUACCCCGAAAACGUAGCCCUCGCAUCCCUCCUCGAAAGCGUAGUCCGAACGAAUGGCGGCAUCCCAGCUACCAUUGGCAUUCUAGACGGUGUAGCACGUGUAGGCAUGGAUCCAGAAGAGCUGAUCAAGCUGGCUUCUUCUGCUGGUAACCCAAACACAAUGAAGCUCUCGCGACGAGACCUCGGCUAUGUAUGCGGUAUGCGACUGACCGACAAGUCCUUCAAUGGCGGUACAACUAUAUCAGGCACUAUGCUGCUCGCUCACCUCGCUGGCAUUAAGAUCUUUGGAACAGGUGGCCUUGGUGGGGUUCAUCGCGGCGCUGAGUCAAGCAUGGAUAUUUCUGCCGAUUUGACAGAGCUCGGCAGGACUCCGGUCACCGUUAUCUCUAGUGGCUGCAAGAGCUUCCUCGAUAUACCGCGGACAAUAGAGUACCUUGAGACUGAAGGCGUAGGCGUGGGCACCUUCGCCGAUGGACGAAAAGGCAAUGUAGACUUCCCUGCCUUCUGGUCGAGGGACAGUGGGGUCAAGAGUCCGACGACCAUUGCGGAUGAGAUCGAGGCUGCUGCUGUCAUAUAUGCGCAACACGCACUUCAGAUCUCAUCUGGUCUUCUCUUCGCCAACCCCGUUCCUACCGAUUUCGCUAUACCCAAGGAUGAAAUGGAUGUAAUCAUUGCCGAAGCUCUGAAACAAGCUGAAGCAGCCAAUAUCUCCGGCAAAGACAACACGCCCUUUGUGCUUGCUAAGAUCAAGGAGCUCAGCAAGGGCAAGAGUAUACCCGCCAACAGGGCCCUUAUAGAAUCGAACGUGAGACGGGCUACCAUCGUAGCACGAGAGCUUGCCAUACUUGAAGCAAAGCAGGAAGAAGCCCAAGGUGCCGUUGGUGACGACCUGAGCGGCCGCGCAGCCCUCAGCCAGCUGCAAUCGGAGGGCAUGCCAAUAACCGGCAUCAAAACUCUCCAAGCCCCAUCCCGAACAGCCCAAUACGUUGCCAUAAACAACACGAACAAAGACCUCGCCCUCGCCAUGGCCGACAUGUCAAUCCUCGAAACCAUCCCCAUCGAAACCAUCCAAGAACUCGCGACCAGCAUCUUCUCUCCCACCUCUCCCACCUCUCCCCGCCCCAAAGCCUUCGUCACAGACGCAAAUUGGUCGUCACCCGCUCUACACACCUGGCUCCAAGCAGCCCGUCACCCCGAUACAACCACGAUCUUCGAGCCUGUCUCCACGGCAAAGGCGCUGCGUAUAUUCCCUUCCACCUCCAGCACCACGGCCGCACAAUCCGUCUACCCCACCCCCCUCGUCGACAUCAUAACACCAAACACGUACGAACUAACCGCUCUCCACGACUUCGCCGCCCAAUCCACGCUCUUCGAGUCUCCGGAAUGGUUCGGUGUGAUAGACGCACUGGGUAUACCCAACGGCGGCUUACGCGUCCCACUAGCCGUCACCGUAGGAAGCGAACUAGUCGACCAAGGUAUCCCGCAACAAACCAUCAAACUCCUUCCCUUUUUUCCUACUAUCCUAACGAAAUUGGGGAGCAAGGGUGUGUUGAUGACGAAAUUGCUCGCGGAGGAUGCGGAAGAGUUGUAUGAUGAGAAGGAGAGGGGUCAUCUUCCUACUCAGCACUUUCAAGCCGAGAUAUCGGAUUUUGAACUAUAG